AUGGCACUCGGGGCAGCCUGGGCUUUCUGGAAAGCAGAAGUGCAGUGGGAGCACUAUCGGCUGCGUGUCUCAGAAACCAAGGAAUUGUCAGCGAGGACAUGGCUGAAAGAGGGUGACAAGAGACCUAAAGGAACAAAGGAGUCAUCACACUGUCAAGAUCCUCGACAAUGGCAUCUAACAUAUGACACGUGCAAUGGAAACAAGCAGUCACCUAUCAAUAUUGUCACCAAAAAUGUAAUUUAUGACAGAAGCCUUAAGCCACUGAAUUUUGAAGGAUACGAUGUGAAGGGAACUUCAAAAUGGAGCAUAGAAAAUAAUGGACAUACAGUUAAAGUAACAUUAAGCACAUCCCCUAAAAUUGAAGGUGGAGGUCUGAGAAGAAAAUACAAGGCGAUAGAAUUUCAUUUGCACUGGGGAGUCAAAGAUGUGCAGCGAUACUUCCCCGGCUCAGAGCACAGCAUAGACGGAGAAAAACAAGCCAUGGAGCUUCACGUUGUCCACAUCAGAGAAGAUGUUCCGGAUAUAACAGAAGCAAAGAAAAAGCCAGAUGGUGUGGCUGUGUUAGCAUUCUUUAUAAAGGUUGAAGAAGAAAAUAAAAACUACACAACUCUAAUAAACAAAUUAGAGAAUAUUAAAUACAAAGGGCAACUGGCACAGAUGGAGCCUUUGCCUCUGAGCUCUCUUCUCCCACCCAAGGAAGACCUUGGCAGGUACUAUCGGUAUGAGGGCUCCCUCACCACUCCUGACUGCCACGAGGGCGUCAUCUGGACAGUAUUUGAGAAGCCAGUUGAACUCAGUAUUUCCCAGAUUUCUCAGUUUUCGACAGUCCACUUUGAUGGGAAGAACUCAACUUACAUGGUUGAAAAUUUCCGGCCUGUUCAGUUUCUGAACGAACGCAAGGUGUACUGGUCCAGUGCCAGCACCCUCCUGCCUCCUGCUAAGGUUUUAAUGUUGGCCCUGAUGCUUACCUACAUCCUGAGUUCUCUUUUCCAAUGAAUACUUAGCACCUCAUUCAAGGUUCUGGGCUUUUUUUGGAGGGGUUUUUUGUUGUUGUUGCUGGUUCUUUGUAUUAAGUAGUCUCUCUAACUGCCAACUCACCAAUUUUAUCUCAAUACAGAAUUUAACCUUGUCCCCCUCCAGACACUAACCAAGAACUUCUGUUGCUGCUCUUCUAUAAAAUGAAACCCAUUGCACUAAAUCACAAGAAUUCAAAGGAACUGUGAGAUAAAGAUAUGAAGAUUCAAUUUUUUUUUUU